AUGGUCAAUUCACAAGGUAUCUAUCCCCUCAGCGUCAGGGUAAUACGCUGUUGUAAUGUAGUUGCCCAGUCCACGCACGCCGUCACUGCGUGGAUGGUCCGUCUUUACGUGCCUACUCGUGGGAACAAAAUAGAUCCUAAAAAUUCAAAUACAACUACAGAGGAGACUUCCGAUUUCAGGGAAACUAGGGAAUCGGAAGGGGGGGUUUCGGACAGCACCCUAGAGGGUGAAUUAACCCUGACAGACGUACAUGCUCGGAUUCUAGAGCAUGAAGGACAGGUGAGUGAACUGGAUGUGGAUGGUCUUUUGGGACUGUCGAAAGACUCCUUUGGGGAAACUAGUGCCACUCAGAGGUUGGAGGAGUUGGCUCUGUUAUCUGAUGAUGAGCAUGAGAUCACUAUGAUUGCUGCUCAGAAUCAGAUAACGGAAACAUCCCCUCCCACUGCUAGUGACAAGGAUAACCAAAGGAGCCGUUCGGCAGAAGAUGAUCCACAUGGCGCUAAGGUCGCCAAUCUUGUUCGGCAGGCCGCCGUGGAGGAGUUGCCUAAUGCCACUCCACGAGACACUGAUAAGCCAGGCCGAACGAAAGAGGAUAGGGCAAAAAAUGGCACUAGGAAAUCUCUUGCCUUUCUGGCAAAGAUGGGAAAGAGAGAUCCUGGGUCAUUAACUGCAAAGGAGAAGUACCUUCUCAAGAAGCACAGACAGGACGUCGCUAGAUUUGAAAGAAUCUACGGCCCUGUUAGUGUACUCUUGGGAGAGUAUUCUCCUGUUGAGCAGCAAGUGGUAGCUGCUGUCGAUCUGGCUGACACCCAAAAGGGUAUAAGGUCGACAGCUCCAACCACUAGCAGUGCGGUAACAACUAAGGAGGGGGGCUCUUCUACCAUCCUACAAAUCGGUGCUUCGGCUAGAACUGUGGAUGGUAACAAGAAGCCUCCCAUAAUGGGGUCAGGUGCGAAGGGAAUGAAGAAUCCUCCGGCCGAUUCUCUUAAGGGUGCCCGUAUGGGUAACAUUAAGGGAAACGGAUCCGGUGGUCCUCAAACCUCGUCAUCGAAGGCACCAGGAUGCAGCAAGGCUUCGGGGAAUGCUGGUGUAACCCCAUCUAGCACUCUUAAGGGUAACCAAAAGGAGACCAUUAAGAGGGCUAGAUCUGGGGACGACCAGCCUUCCUCGUCAACAAAGAAGCUAAAGAAGUCCCUGAGUCAGGACGUAUAUCUUCAGGCAGCGAUUAUUGAUCGGAAUGAUCCGGAUGGGAAGAUCAGUACCGAUCAAUGGCAGCUGCUUGAGGCUAGACUCUUGGAUGAGAUGGCUUUCCAUAGUGGUAGCUCUGAAGACGUAUCUUUUAAAGGUGCUGACUGGGCUAAGGGAGUCAAGGUCAUAAACUGCGGAAAUAAAAAUUCAUUUGAAUUUUUAAGGACCGUAGUUGGGAAACUUGGCGACCUUAAUCCAGCCUUAAAACUUGAAGUGAUACGCGCUUCAGAGUUACCAUUAAGGUCAAUAGUGACAGUAUGGAUUCCUCCACCCGUAAGACCGGUGGAAACCAUAUUGGCACUGUUGAAAAAACAGAAUGUUGAUCUCCCUAUAGACCAAUGGAAGGCGGUAGCCUCCAUGGUGUGUAAGGAGAACAACGGGAGGGAUUUCCGGUUCGCAGUGGAUCGUAAAUCCCUCGAGAUUUUGGACAAGGUGAAAGGGGUUGUCAAUUUUGGUUUUGGCACUGUCAGGUUUCGGUAUUCGAAACAUGACACUACCAAAGAGGCUGCUGGUGGUGCAGAUAAACCUGCAUCAUUGUGAAGCGGCCUCAACAGAAUUGGCAAACUUUCUCACCAAAUCCCAGACCGAUGUGGCCCUGAUCCAAGAACCUUGGAUUAACCAAAAUAAGGUUUGCGGGUUAGGGAUAGCGGGAUACACGUUAUUUAUCCCGUCCACUGAGGACAAGGGGCGGUGACAUCACUGUUGUGAAUAGGGAAACCAGGGGUGAGCGGACGCUGACUUUGGCUUCGGUGUAUAUGCCGUAUGAUGCAGUGGAUCCACCAGGCAAUGAGGUGCAGGAGCUAACGGCGUAUACAAAAAGGAGAGGUGCUAUCCUGGUUAUGGGAUGUGAUGCAAAUGCUCAUCACAGCCAAUGGGGCAGUGCUGAUAUCAAUAAAA